AAGUAUCGCGCGAAGAGGGAGUGAGCUUAGCUCUUAGAAGUCGCUAUGGUGACAGGGAGGUCCGCUGCUUCUUGGUAACUGGUCCCAGUUCUGUGAGAAAGAUCGACCCCGUUUUCCUGGAACUUAAGUGUGUGCGACGUGGAGCAUCGGUUUUUUCUCGCCUCACUGGGCGCUCUGGACGUUGCUUUUGGGAUGCGAAGGAGGAAGCCCUGAAUUUGGAGGGAGCAGAGGGGCAACACGGAGGAGAGAUCUGGAUUGUGAAUACAGUCAGGUGGCAUUUAAAAAAUUUUGCUGGAAGGUGGAGACAUGAGACUGAAGAUAUCUCUUUUAAAAGAACCAAAGCAUCAAGAAUUAGUAAGCUGUGUCGGCUGGACUACUGCUGAAGAACUGUAUUCAUGUAGUGAUGAUCACCAGAUAGUGAAGUGGAACUUGUUAACUGGUGAAACAAGUCAAAUAGUAAAGCUGCCUGAUGAUAUUUACCCAAUAGACCUUCACUGGUUUCCAAAAAGUUUAGGCAUAAAGAAACAAACUCAAGCAGAAAUCUUUGUCCUCACAAGUUCUGAUGGCAAAUUUCAUCUGAUUUCUAAGUUAGGAAGAGUGGAAAAAAGUGUGGAAGCUCACUGUGGAGCAGUGCUUGCAGGACGAUGGAAUUAUGAAGGAACAGCAUUAGUUACAGUUGGAGAAGAUGGACAAAUAAAAAUAUGGUCAAAGACUGGAAUGCUAAGAUCGACUUUAGCUCAUCAAGGAACACCAGUGUAUUCGGUAGCAUGGGGCCCUGAUUCAGAAAAGGUUCUUUACACAGCAGGCAAGCAGCUGAUCAUUAAACCACUUCAACCAAAUGCUAAAAUUUUACAGUGGAAAGCUCAUGAUGGCAUUAUUUUAAAAGUAGAUUGGAACUCUGUCAAUGAUUUGAUUUUAUCUGCUGGCGAAGACUGUAAAUAUAAGGUAUGGGAUAGUUACGGCCGCCCUCUCUACAGUUCUCAACCUCAUGAGCAUCCUAUUACCUCAGUAGCCUGGGCUCCAGAUGGAGAAUUAUUUGCUGUUGGAUCAUUUCAUACUUUACGCUUGUGCGAUAAAACUGGGUGGUCAUAUGCUUUAGAAAAGCCCAACACUGGUAGCAUAUUUAAUAUUGCGUGGUCAAUUGAUGGUACCCAGAUUGCUGGAGCCUGUGGAAAUGGACAUGUUGUUUUGGCACAUGUGGUGGAACAACGCUGGGAGUGGAAGAAUUUUCAAGUAACAUUAACUAAAAGAAGGACCAUGCAGGUUCGUAACGUUCUUAAUGAUGCAGUGGAUUUACUGGAAUUCCGUGAUCGAGUCAUUAAAGCCUCUUUGAACUAUGCACACUUAGUUGUUUCAACAUCUCUUCAGUGUUAUGUGUUCUCUACGAAGAACUGGAAUACACCACUUAUAUUUGAUCUCAAGGAAGGAACUGUUAGUUUAAUUCUGCAAGCAGAAAGACAUUUUCUUCUUGUAGAUGGUGGUGGUAUCUAUUUAUAUUCUUAUGAAGGGCGCUUCCUUUCCUCUCCAAAAUUUCCUGGAAUGAGAACAGAUAUUCUAAAUGCACAGACUGUCUCUCUGAGUAAUGAUACCAUAGCAAUAAAAGACAAAGCUGAUGAAAAAAUAAUCUUCCUCUUUGAGGCAUCAACUGGAAAACCAAUGGGAGACGGGAAGUUUCUUUCUCAUAAGAAUGAAGUUUUGGAAAUUGCUCUGGAUCAAAAGGGACUCACCAAUGAUAGAAAAAUUGCUUUCAUUGAUAAAAAUAGAGAUCUCUAUAUCACUUCAGUGAAACGAUUUGGGAAGGAAGAACAGAUUGUCAAACUUGGAACAAUGGUGCAUACUUUGGCGUGGAGUGAUACGUGCAAUAUCCUUUGUGGACUUCAAGAUACUCGAUUUACAGUCUGGUAUUACCCCAAUACGGUUUAUGUGGACAGAGACAUUUUGCCUAAAACAUUAUACGAAAGGGAUGCAAGUGAAUUUAGUAAAAACCCCCAUAUUGUGAGUUUUGUUGGAAAUCAAGUAACUAUAAGAAGAGCUGAUGGCUCUCUGGUUCACAUCAGCAUAUCACCAUAUCCUGCUAUUCUCCACGAAUAUGUAAGCAGUUCAAAAUGGGAAGAUGCUGUAAGACUUUGUCGUUUUGUUAAGGAGCAAACCAUGUGGGCUUGUCUAGCUGCUAUGGCAGUUGCUAAUCGAGAUAUGACUACUGCAGAAAUAGCCUACGCAGCAAUCGGUGAAAUUGAUAAAGUUCAAUAUAUCAAUUCUAUAAAAAAUCUUCCAUCUAAAGAAUCAAAAAUGGCCCACAUAUUAAUGUUUAGUGGGAACAUACAGGAGGCUGAAACUGUUCUUCUUCAGGCUGGCCUUGUUUAUCAAGCAAUUCAGAUCAAUAUUAAUCUCUACAACUGGGAAAGGGCCCUCGAAUUGGCUGUAAAAUACAAAACACAUGUUGACACCGUUCUUGCUUACCGUCAAAAAUUUUUGGAGACAUUUGGUAAACAGGAAACUAAUAAACGAUACCUGCAGUAUGCAGAAGGUCUCCAAAUAGACUGGGAGAAAAUCAAAGCCAAAAUUGAGAUGGAAAUUACUAAAGAGCGAGAGCGGUCAUCUGGCAGCCAGCCCACCAAGAGUACUGGUCUAAAGCACUAAAUGUCAUGAUUACCUUUAAGAAGUCUUACCUUUUGAAACUAAUUCUGAUUAAUCAAGGAUAAGCAUGUUUUCAUUGCUAAAGAAAAAGGCAGAAUCUCCAAGUAUAAGCACUUGCUGUGUAUUUAAUACCAAAAGUACAUCAGAAAGACUGAGCACAAAAUAAUUGAUGUAAUUUCAUCUUUUAUCUUUUUAGUCCAAUAAUUAACAAAUAUUCCUAUAUACUUAUGAUACAUCCAUGUCGUAUUGCUUACAUCCCAGUUUUCUGUCCAUUAUUUUAUCCCUGAAUCUUCAGUAUGAACAAAUAUUAAUGCUAAUAAUAAAACACUGGACUCUUUAAAAUGUAUGUUAUCAUUCAUUUCUAUUUGAGCUCUACAUUGUAAAAUGCUCCAAAAGUUUAUUUACACAACAAAAAAAAUGAAGAUUGAUUUAUGAAAAUAUAUAAUAAUAUGUAUACUUGUAUAUGUUCAUAGCAACAUUAUUCACAAAAGCAAAGUGGUGGGCAAAAAAAGAUAUACAUCAGCAGAUGAAUGGAUAAACAAAAUGUGGUGUAUACACAAAGUGGGGUAUUAUACAGCCUUUGAAAAGAAUGAAAUUCUGAACAUGGAUGAAUCUUGAAAAUACUGUGCUAAGUGAAAGAAGUCAGACACAACAGGUCAAAUAUUGUAGAAUCCCACUUACAUGAGGUAUAAAAAUAGACAAGUUCAUUGAGACAGAAAGGAGAACAGUAGUUGCCAGGGACUGUUGGGAGGGAAAAUUGAGGAGCUAUUGUUUCAUAAGUUCAAAAUUCCUGUCUGGCUUGAAUGAGUUCUGGAAAGUGAUAGUCAUGAUGGUUGCCCAACGUUAUGAAUGUAUUUAAUGCCAAAAUGGUAAAUUUUGUUAUAUCUAUUUUAUCAUAACUAUAGAAAUAUAUCUAGAACAGGCAAGAAAUACUUUUCUCAUUCCUCUUCUGACUUGAGAAUGUUUAGGCAUUAGACUCUGGAGUCUGAAUUUGUGAAAAUCUCCUUGAAUUAUCAACCCAUUUGACUAGCUUUCAUUCAGUAUGUCCCCAAAUUAUUAUUACCACAAAAGCUUUUUAACAUAGCACAAAUAAUCCUUAGAAAUUCUUCCAUGAAACCAUUUUUGGAAAUGGUACAUUAUAGAGUGGGCGUGUGCAUAUACAUGGGAAAGUGAUGCCCUCUCUCACCCUCAUUUUAAUGAAUAUGUUUAGUUUUUUUUAAUGAAAAUGUUCCUGUCUUUUCAACAUAUUUCUUUUCCUUGCUGAAAUGUUGUAAUGUUCUGUUCAUCCAGAUGCUGGGUACAAUGGUGUGUUCAAUUUGUGAAAUAUGACUGAGUGGCUUACUUGUAAAUUAUACAUUUAUUUUGUUUUCUUAUAUUACAAUAAAAAGUUUAAAAAGAAA